ACAGCCGGGGCGGAGCUGAGGGCUCACGCGUGGGGCGGGCGGCGCAGACAUGGGGGGAAGCGCCCCGGACCAGGGAGUCCUGGAAGGGGAUGACGCCCCCGGCCAGUCCUUGUACCAGCGGCUCAGUCAGAGGAUGCUGGACAUCUCUGGGGACCGGGGCGUGCUGAAGGAUGUCAUCCGAGAGGGCGCUGGAGACCUAGUGACGCCUGAUGCUUCGGUGAUAGUGAAAUAUUCCGGAUAUCUGGAGCACAUGGACAAGCCCUUCGAUUCUAAUUGCUUUAGGAAAACUCCUCGGCUGAUGAAACUUGGAGAAGAUAUUACGCUUUGGGGCAUGGAGCUAGGCCUUCUGAGCAUGCGGAGAGGAGAGCUAGCCAGGUUUCUGUUCAAACCGAAAUAUGCCUACGGAACCCUGGGCUGCCCUCCCCUGAUCCCCCCAAAUGCCACUGUCCUAUUUGAGAUUGAGCUGCUUGACUUCCUGGACUCUGCCGAAUCAGACAAGUUUUGUGCCCUCUCAGCUGAGCAACAAGAUCAAUUUCCACUUCAGAAGGUCCUAAAAGUGGCAACUACCGAACGGGAGUUUGGCAACUACCUUUUCCGCCAAAAUCGUUUCUAUCAUGCUAAAGUGAGGUAUAAAAGGGCCUUGCUGCUUCUCCACCGCCGAGCAGCACCCCUUGAUGAGCAGCACCUGGUGGAGGCCGCCAAGCUUCUCGUCCUACUGAACCUGUCCUUUGCCUACCUGAAGCUAGACCGGCCGAUAAUGGCCCUGCACUAUGGAGAGCAGGCUUUGCUCAUUGACCAAAAAAAUGCCAAGGCCCUCUUCAGAUGUGGACAGGCUUGUCUUCUCAUGACCGAGUAUCAGAAAGCCCGAGAUUUCCUAGUCCGAGCCCAGAAGGAGCAGCCCUUCAAUCACGACAUCAAUAAUGAGCUGAAGAAACUGGCCAGCUAUUACAGGGACUACGUGGAUAAAGAGAAAGAAAUGUGUCACCGAAUGUUUGCUCCUUAUGGAAAUGGUUCUACAGUAGGAGAAAAUUGAAGAUUCUCCAGCCAACUGCAAACAAGAGAAGUGAGCUCUGGAGUCCUCCGUGGUUGCAGGGUGGGCAGGGAGUGGAGGAGCUCCCUCGUGCCACUCGGUUACAGUGACCUGCCUGGAAGAGGGGCUGGCAUUCCACAGCCCCGUUCUUGCCUCUCUCUGACCAGCGCUGCUGAGAUGUAUUUCGUGGGCGCUGUUUUCUGUUUCACAUUUUCGUACACAGAGUAGGAGAAAGUGUGGCUACCAACAAGUAGAACACUGCUCCUUUUUUUUAGGUAGUUUUUUUGGUUUUUAAAAAUAGAAUUAGUGCUUGGUUUUUCUCCCAGUCCCAACCCCCUUCCAGCUGCUAA